GGAUGUCUCCGGGUGACGUCAACGCGACAACAACAAAACCGAGAGCAGGCUGCCUUAGUCCAGGGCGGAGGGUGAUCCGAGCCACUCUUUCUCCUCUAUGGCGAUCGCCGGAAGACGCGACGGUGACGAUGCUUCGGACGCGGGGGCCGGGGCUGGGGGCGGCGAGGCGCGAGCUGCUGGGGCGAUGCCCGCGGGGAAGGGAGACCGCUCUGCGGGUGCUCGGCAGUCCAGAGGCGGGUCCCUGCUCAGCUGCAUAGCGGGCGUGAUCACCUGGAAGAGACCGCUGUACACUUCAUUGCUGUUCAUUGCCACCAACGCGAUAUUCUGGUUGGUGGCUCUCAGUUCCUGGAGGCUGUACUACCUGCUGACCUUGUGUCUGAUGGUCCUGGUCACCGUGCAGAUGAUGAAGGACAUGGUCCUUGCCAGAAAAAGAGGGGCCAGCUUAUGGCGCAGUAUGACUGAAAGCUGGGAGGUCAUUGAUUCAGACCCAGAGACCAGGGCAGGGGUCAGCCAGCUCACCGACUCUUGGAUGAGCUUCAAGCUGUACCUGCAGGAGCUGUCCUCCUUCAAGCAGCAGAAUCCUGGAAAGUUUUGCCUGCUCGUCUGCAGUCUGUGCACGUUCUUGGCGAUACUCGGCCGGUAUAUUCCUGGGGUCAUCAUUUUGUAUGUCGGAGUGUCGGGCAUCUUCUUGUGGCCCCUCCUCUCAUCGCACGAAUUUGGGCUGUGGGUGGAGCCAGUUCUGCAGAAACUGGACUUCGGGGUGGCCGACUUCCUGCAGAGGAUCAAGGAAAAUCACGAGAGGCGGAUGCUGCAGAGACGGGAUGAAAUCAGCGAGGCUGAUGAGUCAGCACUCUUUCCCAAGCUGGAUUCAACCGUUUGCAAGGAGAUGUCAGUCUCAGACACAGAAGCUUCCGAGGUGACGUGGACGGAUAACGGCACCUUCAACCUCUCAGAGGGACACACCCCUCAGACGGAAAACUCAGAAGACUUGGACAGACGCAGUGAUGUCGACGAGGUCUUCAUGGGUGGAAUCCCAGAGUUCCCGUCACUGGACAACGGCGCGGGGACCAACGGCGACGAAGAGGAGCUCAGCAUCGGCCUUCCAAACCCGUUGGGCGAACCGUCUCAGGCGGCGCUGGAGCUGGUGAACCGCAUGGCGGGAGACGUGAUCGCUGCCACCAUCUCCGCGGCCAUCCAGGAGCGGCUGGAGGCGGUGGCGGUGGCGCCGGCGGCCCGGCCCAGGCCCCCGCUGGACUCGGUAGAAGACUCGGACAGCGAGGCCGAGGACUUCGAGCUGCUGGACCAGUCGGAGCUGGAGCAGCUAAACAACGAGUUGGAGACUGCAGAGACUCCGGGCACCCCCAACAAGUCCUUUUUGUCGUCCCUUCUAAGGCGCCAGUGAGCGUAGGGCCUGGUGGAGAAAGCCUGGUGGUAGGGUGGUGGUGGGGUCCUACAAGCCCCCCACGGGCAGGAGAGGAUGGCCCUCUUUCAUAUCUACCUUGUAGAGCUAAACGAUGCUGACUCUUGCCCGCAGGGAGUAAUCUUUUGGACAGAUGGGACAGCUUUGGUCUGUACGUGAUUGUAGCUGGGAGUGUUUCUGGAGGAGAUCAUGACUUUGUCACCUGCUAUUAUCAACCUGUCAUGUUACAUCUGUCUGUUUCUGCCUUGGUAGCAUUAAGUGGACAGCUGUGACCUAAGGGCUGCGUGUAAGUGUGUGUGUGUGCGCCUUAAUGUCCCAGCAACCCUUAGGAUGAAACCCUUGGCAUUGGUGGUGGAUUUUUGAGAUGCAUACAUGUGCGUACACACACACACACACACACACACACACACACACACACACACACACACUCCUGGAUGCCACCUACAAAGACAGCACCCAACCCUAACGAAACGACAAUCAGUUGCUCGUCACUCGGACAACCACCCCCAUCCCCCAGUUCAGCAUCAGGACCGAAUCAUCUGUUCUCACCGAUCUUGGUAACAGACAGUUGAAUCUCGAGUAGGUUUGGUACCAACAAAUCACCAAAUUAUCUUCCGCGGUCCCUUUUUUUACGAGUUAAUUAGGAGAACCUGCUCUUACGGCUGAGCUUUCUGUAGCUAAUCUGAGCCAGGGGUUUUCCGUAGCCAGCUGGUAUCAUGAAGACGAUGACAAAACCACCUGAGUAUCUCAGUUUUUACGUCGACAUCCCUCUGUUGCAUCCCAAAACCCUACCUGCACCUUAUUAAUCUAUGAAAGUGAUGCACUGCAUAAGACCCAUACCACCUCUUGUCUUUUAGAAAAUGUUAUCUAUAUGGAGUCCCAUUUUCGAGUGUACAGACCUCAACUGACUGCUUAGUUAUUAUUGAGUGUAUUAUAUCCUACGUAGAAUUUGACGGAAAUGCUCCUUGCUGUGGUAUUUCGUAGAAUUGUUCUGUGGAUAAAGUAAUAUUUGAACUUGUAGCGCUGGUAAUAAUGUAACAUUGUAUGCUUUUCUCUGCCUUUGAUUCACAUCACAUGAGUAUUAGGGCAAGGGACCUCUGCAGGUUAAUGAGACAGUCUGUACCCAAAGACUCGCAGAGAGGUGGAGACACAUGCGAUUGGACACGGUGAUCCUUUGCAACCAUUGGUCCAUGUUAACAGCCAGCUGGGCCACUUAAACGGUAUGAUUAAAAUACACAGGGGAUCCUAUCGUUACUCCUCCAGAAAUGUCAUACUAACUAAAUGUUGCUCCCAUAAAAUAUCUAGCUACGUAAUUGGGAAAAAUUUUGCAAUGUAUUUUAGGUAAAGUCAUAUACAUAUAUGUAUACACACAGACAUACAUACAUACAUAUAUAAAUAUAUACAUAUACACACACAUAUAUAUAGUUAUAUUCAUACAAACACACACACACACAUAUAUAUAUAUAUAUAUUUAUAUGUAUAUACACGCAUACACACACAUAUAUAGGUUAAGCAGUUUUGCAUAAAUAAUUUUGAAAACAUAACACUGCAAAUACUACAGCAUUCGUGAAUCCUAUUAAUCCGUUUUUAAUCAUAAUUAAGAUAAAGGAUUUAUUAACCAGAAUCAAAUGAGCGUUUAUAUCAAUUUUCACAAAUGGUGUUUUGAAUGACAUUUAAUUUGAAUGAAAGGGUCCUUUUUACUUGUGUCACUCUACCCAUUACAGAAAUUCUCUACAAAUAAAAAUUUGGAUUAACUCAAUGGAAAAAUGUGUUCAGUUUAAGGUGGUUUAAAUUGUGCCGUUCGAUUAAUCUGUUAAUUCAGAGAUGGUGCACAGCUGGGACUGAUCUGAAAGACGGCCUGGACGAUGGGUUUGGACGUUAAAAGUAUAUCACCUAAAUGCAAGUCAGCCUGACUUCUGUCUUCCCUCUGAAUUCAGCAGCUCUGCAAGGUUCUUCAUGUACUUUUAUUAAACAUCAAUUUCUGUAAAAUAUCCGGCUUUAAGGCAACCUGCUCAUUUUACAGGUUCAAGUUGCUCACAUAACUGAGCAGGUCACCUUUUAACAUUCUAGGUGACAACGUAUAUUCCUGGCCUAAACGCCAGUUCUCUUCCUGCUUUUGUACAGCAUUCAGAUAAAAACCUCAUGUGGUCCCAGUCUCUGACACACACUAAGACUGCACAUUUUUCUGUUAAAAGGAAAUGACCUCACAGUCUCUGAAGUUUUGCCUUCCUUUUGGAGGGAUCAAUUCCUUUUCUCUUCGAAAGGGUCGAACUUUCACUUCUCUCACAUUUCCUUCCAGGUCCUGCAGGAAAUUUGCUGCAAUAAAUUAACCGGUAAACAUCUCACUGCUGGGAUGUGAGCAAAUCAGGAAGUGUAUCUGGGAAUGAACUGGGCGGGAGAGGUGUGGACAGUCUCAGUUCGCCUGUGGGUGGACUUAUCUGUAGCUCUGGAAAAAGUUCGUGUUUGGGUACAGCAUGGGUUAGCCGCUGAAGGGACAGUAUUGGAAUGGCGGUUGAAAGGAUUAAGGUAAACCGACAUAGGAGAAUAGUCAUCAAACAUUGGUGUCAUUGAUGUAACGUAAUCUGAUAGUGGAGUGUCAUGGGACAGAACUACAAAAAAGCGUUUUAUUUACAAUUUCAUUAUAAUUAACGGCAGGUCACUAAUCCUUUGUUAUUUUCAGGCUGGUUUUAGUGUCUUUUGCAGACUUUUCUUAAGGAGGGAAUCUCACAGCAUUUUCUUGUUUGUGUUUCAGUGGCGAUUGUGCAGAAGUGUCGAAUAAAGAGUACUUAAAAAAAUAUAUAUAUAUGUAUAUCAUGCACCUCUCCCCAUACUCAAGUCCAGCAAAACAUUGAAGUGGACGUGUUUGGUCUCCUCUUUGUUUUACUUAGUGAAAGUUCUGCCUUAUAUGACACUUCUUUUACAUCCAAUAAACUUGUUUUUAGAGACACUGUUUUGAAAUAUAUUAUGAAAUGAUUUGUUUAUGUUAUUUAUUCGUUAUGUUUUCUACGUUGCCAUAUGUCAUCCUCACGUGUCAUGGUUUGCCACAUGUACAGCACCUCUUGUCAUUUUAAAUAUGACAGUGUGUACAGUUCAGACGGGGCAUCUUCCAUGCCAGUGAAAGUUAGUUUCUUUUUCUUCCCGAGUCUUGAAAUGUGCAAAAAAAAAAAAAAAUGAGCUGUGUGUAAGUUACUUGAAGGAAACUAUUAAAUAAUCAGUACCUGUGACGUA